AUGAAAGCGAGGGGAUCGGUGGGAAAACCUGUUCUACGGGUUGACCCGGUAACGGAGCCAUCGUCCCCUUCUUCUUCCACGGGGACCUCCGCAAGAUCAACACCCAAGCGGACUCUUCCUGUGCCUCCGAGCGAAGAUGCCGGUGUAGACAACCCCGCGGACAACGAGCAGAGCGUUGGGGGCAACGACAGCCCAACAAGCAGCUCCUCCAUGCUGUUCGAUGAGCUGUCGUCGACCCCACCGCUCUGUUCGUUGUCCGCUCGGCUGUUCACGCCGCCAUCUCGUUGUUGCGGCAACGUCAAACAACCACGGCGCUACCUGUCCCGGGACGUCCGCUUGCCGGCAGCGGCGGCGGGAGCGAUGGCCGAUGACGGCGUUGGCAGCACGGCGGAGUCGCCGGCGGUUAGGGGGGAGCGUGUGGCGGGGGCGACGCCUGCGGUGGUGGCGUUGGGUACGGCGGCGGAGGUGUUGGGCAAGCUGCGGGCUUCCCGGGUACUACUCACCGACCGCACGAGUGGUCAUCCGACGACCGCGCCGUUCGACAACCGACCGGAGGCGGGCAAUCGACCAUGUUCGACGCUGCGAUACAGCCGCCGCCGCCAUCCAAGGACACGGGCGAUGUCGACGCCAUCAUCUCCGAGUCGUUCCACACGCUGUUCGACAGGGAAGACUCGAUCUUCCGCUCGUCGCCGUCGCCAGCAUGCCCGCGGUUCUCACCGCCGUGACCGCCGUGACCGCCGUGACCGCCGCCGUCGUCGCCGUGCCCGCCGGCCUCGACGGUGA